AAUGGUGUUCCUCUCUAGCAGUGCAGAACUUGAGUAUCUUGGAGUAAGCGAGGCAAGACAAUCCACUUGCUGAGAACCGACCUCGAUCCGAAGAUUUUAUUGUAACCAGAAGGAACCCAGUCUUCGAGUUCGCCACUGAGCAGAAAUGAAUAUCUCGCAUUUGGUGGCUUGUGGACUAUUGAUGACUCUGCUUUCAGUGAGCAUGGAGGCUAAACCUUUGACGCCGGCACAGCAAAAGUCUCUUAGAAGCUUGCUAGGCGAAGAGCUGUCCGAGUACCUAGCAUCGGGGGAGACGGAAGGCAAACUUGAGAGUGCAAGGUCGAGGGUGCGACUCCUCCGGGACCUGCGCCUGGACACCCGGGCGAAGGCAGCCUGGGCGCGGAUUCUGAACGACCAGCCCAGCCCGCGGAAGUUCAAGGGCGGCGUGAAGAAAGGGGGAUCCCGGGGCUGCUUCGGCCACAAGAUUGACAGAAUAGGGACCAUCAGCGGCCUCGGCUGCUAAAGAGACAGCGCCCAGAGGCGAACCUUCAUUGGACGAUGGGUUUGGACAAACUCGGCUGUGGUUGCUCUUUACCUGAGGAAAACAGAAAGCACCCUCUCUUUUCAAGAAACUGACUGGUUCGAAUUUUGGUACAACGAACCACCAUCACCAGCGUUACAGAACACUAAGAGAAAAAAAAAAUCCGAAAAAAAUAUACAUAAAAAAUAAACGCUACAAAAAGGCGGACAAUGAUGUAGACACUAAAACUGCAAAGCUGUAUAUUGUCGCUGCUGUAAAUUCAUGUACUUCAUUCCUGCAUAAAUGUAUUUAUGUUUAAGAAAACUAUUUAUAUGUUUAUAAAAGAGAUAUUUAUAAAUAUGAGUUUUAUUUAUGUAACAUUUUGAAAUGGAUUUAAACUGCAGGUCAAACACGUUUGUAACAUUUUUUUUGUCUUAAAUAGCUGUAAAUGUUUUAAAAAAUGAAAAACCAUUCCACAUGCA